AUCAAUCUCAACACUUUGUUAAUUGAAUAUGUAUAUUUUUUUUCCUUAAAUUUCGUUCUUGCAACAAUGUGGAAACUCCAGGCGCUCGUAGUGCACAUCCUGCUGAUGGGCUCUAUAUUGAGCACAUAUUUCCAACCGACUUUGUUGCCCAACCUAGUGCCGCAGAAGACGAUGAGAGAGUUGGGCCUUGAACCGCCGGCAGAUCGACUGGUAGUAUUCCUCACCGAUGGCCUGAGAGCGGCCACCUUUCUAGCGAGGAAUGGCAGCGAUGUGCCGGAUCUUAGGGAGAUAUACCGGAAGCAAGGUCGCAUUGGAAUAUCCCGCACUUGUGCCCCCACGAUGACGCGACCUGGUCACAUUGCCAUUUUUGGCGGCUUCAAUGAAGACCCAGCAGCUGCCUUGGUCAACUUCCGCUUCAAUCCCAAUAACUUCGAUACGGUCUUUAAUCGCAGUAGAAACAUGAUGGGCUGGGCCCACCGAUAUGUUGUCAGUUACUUCAAGGACCUGCCACAUGGCGGUGCUCCUCUGAAAUUAGAGUCGUACUUGGAAGCAGAACUACCAGAAAGACUGACAUGUGACAAGUGGUCCUUCGAAAAGGUUGAAAAGUACUUCAGGAAUGGCGAUAAUAUUCGGGAAUGGCGCGGUAUAAAGGCGGCGGUGUUCUUUGUCUACUUGGCUGAUAUGGAUGUAGCUGCUCAUCGGUUUAAGCCCCAUUCAAAAAAGUUCUAUAAGAAGCUUCACUACACACAAAGAGGUAUUCGAAGGACUUAUGAACUUUUUGAAAGGGUAUUUAAUGAUAGCAGAACGGCCUAUCUGAUGACAUCCGAUCAUGGCAUGAAUAAUGAUGGAAAUCAUGGUGCUGGAUCCACUCUUGAAAUAGAAACCCCCUUGUUCAUGUGGGGAGCUGGUGUGAGUAGGCCAGAAGUCGAUCCUGAAGGAAACUUCCCCACUAAACCCAAUAUAUCCGAGGUGGAUCAGACCCAGUUGGCGCCCCUAAUGUCGGCUUUAAUAGGCCUUCCGCCUCCGAUGAAUAACAUGGCCUUGAUGCCAGUGGGCUAUCUCAACGUGAGCGAUGAGUACGAAGUCAUGGCUUUACAUCUCAACGUCUUGCAACUUUUGUGCCAAGCAAAAAUUUUAAUUAGGCGCCAUGAAAGCGCUAUAUUUUACAAAUGGCUUCCUAAGUUCGAAGAUCUUAACUUGGAGAAGAUCGAUCAAUAUUCACGUAAAUUUAAUUCCCUUGUAGCACAAGGAAAUAUGAAAAAGGCCAUGGAGAUUUGCCAGGAAUUUGGAAAAUCAGCUCAGAACUGCCUGACGUACUACCAUCAAUAUUACCAAAUUCCCCUAAUGGUGGCCACCACUCUAUCCUACUUGAUUUGGUUCUACUGUCUCCUCCUUCAGCUGACUCGGUUAUGCAAGAGAGAGAAGGAGCCAAGAAGGGGAUAUAUGACCUUUUCCACCCUGAUCCUAACGAUGAUCGGAAUCCUACUACUCACUUUGAUGGGACUGCAAAAUGUGCCGAAUAUUACCACCUUUUAUUUGAUUCUACCUAUUGGAAUGCUGAUCAUAGCCCAGGCUGAACGUCCUGUUAAAGGAUACUGGAUUAUUACCCCGAUCUGGAACUUGGGCUGCAUUCUCCUUCCUGCUGGGCUACUGAUACUAACGACCUUCGUUUAUCAGCACCUGUGGGCGCUAUAUGGAAUCUCUGUACUCCUCAACAAUCGUAAAGCUUUUCUUAAACCCUCUGUGAAGUUGUUCAUUUGGCUAACCUUGGUUCUACUACUAAGUGCAAAGCAGUUCGCACAAAUAUAUUUAAAGGACGAACUAAAAGCAAUUCCCCUGAAAAGUUUCCAUGUGCUUUAUAUCAGCAUGGUGAUGGCCAUCUUACUUCCCGUGAUCCUGGGACAUCGACACGAUCCCCGAGUUUGGGCUAUUAAUACGCUGACUCUGAUAGCCGGAGCCUAUGGAGUCUAUCAGUUUGAAGUGAAGGAAAAAAUAUCAAUCUAUGUUCAUGCCGCAAGUUGGUCGUUCUUGGUCUAUGCCUUUCUGUCAAUACCAUACUUUGCUAAAUCCACCUUGGAGGCCAGAAGAAGAUUGGAACUCAUCACCAUCAACAUGGUCACCAUCAUCUGUCUGCUGACCAUCUCCUGGGGUGCUUUGAACAUCCAACUUGUUAUAACCGAAUUUCUUUUAGGUCUCCAGAUCUAUGAGGAAUCUAGGCGAUGUAAGGAGGUUGAAGAUCAGCACAAGCCUCUGAAGCAAUUGAAGAGAUCCUAUCGAUAUGCUUUCAUGAUUCUUCUGUACUUCUAUGUGGCCUUUGCCAUGGCAGGCCACUGGCUAUCCUCCUUUCUGUUCAAGUCGACCACCGCUCGACUUUUUUAUCCGCACUUCUCUCUUUUCAUAGCCGGCAGUCUGCUCAUUCUGAAGAUUCUACUGCCGUCCCUGAUCGUAACUUGUGCUCUCUACGGAAUGGUUCCAUUUGUCCGGAAGAAUACGAGAAUGAUUUUGAUAUGUGUCUUCCUCAUCAGCGAUGCUAUGGGCCUGUACAUGUAUUACUUUGUGCGGAAUCGGGGGUCUUGGAGACUGAUUCGCAGGGAUCUCGAUCAGAUACUGCUGACCCAUGUGGUCACCUUUAUGCUGCUGGGUUGUGUUUGCCUGGCCAAGAUUUUCAUGGGCGAUACUAGAGUGGAAAAGCCAGAACGGAAGGCGGUUCGGGUCUCUAGGGAAACUCCAUCACCUGAAGAAACUGAGGCUUAAAUGUUUUUGGAAAGUGCAACAAAAUUGUACGCUGAAAAAAUAAAUAUAAUUAAAAUUUAA